CUAGUAGCUGCCGCCCAAUGAAAGAGACGCCAGUUCUCUGUAUGCGAAUAUAGCGGUGGGUCAUUACAAAUCAAACGGACAGAGGGCGGGGAAACAGUCACCGGUGAGGGACAUAUACAUCUUAUCCGUUUGCUCGAUGGUGUACUGCAGUCCAUUACAGUGUCUUAAGAUCCAGUACGAGGUGCUUUGGGCCUGAAAAUGGACUCUAUUUCCCUGCUGGGCAGCAGCCCGGCCAGCACCAAAGUUUGCUUCCUACCCAACGGUCUGAAGAACUGUUCCAAGGAGGGAUCUGGCAAGCCCACAGUCGGCAUCAUCGGUUCUGGGGACUUCUCCAAAAGCCUGACCCUCCGGCUGCUCCGCAGUGGGUUUCAUGUGGUGGUGGGGAGCCGACAGCCCAAGAGAGCGGCCGAGUCAUUCCCACAUGUGGUAGACGUGACCCAUCACGAGGAUGCAGUGGGGAAAGCCAACAUCGUGUUCCUGGCCAUUCGCCGAGAGCAUUAUUCCUCCCUCUGGGACAUCAAGCACCUGCUGGCAGGAAAAAUACUGGUGGAUGUCAGUAACAACAGACGGGUGAACCAGUAUCCAGAAUCAAAUGCAGAAUACCUAGCCUCCCUAUUCCCAGAAUCCAUUGUGGUCAAAGGAUUCAAUGUGAUCUCGUCCUGGGCCAUGCAGUCAGGCCCCAGAGACUCCAGUCGACAGGUCUAUAUUUGCAGUAAUUCAGUGGACGCUCGACAGCAGCUCAUUGAAAUGGCGCGUCAGCUGAGUUUCAUCCCUGUGGACAUGGGCGCCCUCUCCUCUGCCAGAGAGAUCGAGAAUAUGCCACUGCAUCUCUUCACAGCCUGGAAAGGACCUGUUUUGACCGCCGUCGCAUUGUCCAUCUUCUUUUUCGCUUACUCCUUUGUGCGGGACAUUAUCCAUCCUUAUAUGAAGACCAGACAGAGUUUUUUCUACAAGAUUCCUCUGGAAAUAGUGAACAGGACGCUGCCUGUAGUGGCCAUAGUUCUGCUAGCGCUGGUGUAUUUAGCAGGACAGCUUGCUGCCGUGUACCAGCUCAUCUACGGAACGAAGUACCGCCGUUUCCCGCCCUGGUUGGAGGGCUGGCUGGAGAGCCGCAAACAGCUGGGUUUGUUGAGCUUCUUCUUUGGCUGCAUACACGUGCUGUACAGUCUCUGCCUGCCCAUGAGACGCUCAGAGAGAUACCUGAUGCUCAACAUGGCCUAUCAGCAGGUCCAUGCCAAUAUCGAGAACUCAUGGAACGAAGAGGAAGUUUGGAGAGUGGAGAUGUACGUUUCCUUCGGCAUCAUGGCUCUGGGUCUCCUCUCUCUAUUAGCUGUCACUUCCAUCCCAUCCAUCCAUAACGCACUCAACUGGCGAGAGUUCAGCUUUAUCCAGUCUACUCUAGGUUACAUCGCCCUGCUCAUUUCCACGUUCCACGCUCUGCUCUUCGGCUGGCAGCGAGCGUUUCUGGAAGAGUCUUAUCGCUUCUACAUGCCACCCAAUUUUGUCCUGGCCCUGGUUCUACCUGUCACGGUGAUAAUCGGAAAAGUGCUGUUGCUGCUUCCCUGUGUGAGCCGGAAGCUGAAACGGAUCAGGCGUGGAUUAGACCCCAAUCAGAGCCGCACCAACCACGAGAGACCAGCUGCCCACGUUUCACCUGAAAGAGUCACCAUCAUGUAACUCCACCACAGUUUUUAAUGUCACAGUAACGGUAAACUCUCAGUCUUUUGUUUUUAGUUGUGCUAAUCAUACUCAUAACACCUGGCCAGCGUACAGCACAUCUAUGAAUUGAUAUUUCAGCUGCUUUAUUGGAUAAGGGUCCUGGACUAAAAGUUCUGUUUGUAGUUAGUAUUCUGUUCCAGAUGAUGAAUAGGAGUUCAGUUAGAACUGCACUGGUCAUGUGACCUCAUUAACCUCUUGAAGGAGGAUGUCAUGUGAUUGGAUGACCUGAUCAAGAGCUUUAUUGUAUCCCAAACUUUAUUAGAAACAAUGUUAUUUACGUGCACGCUACCAUUCAAAAAUUUGGGGUUGGUAAAAUGUCUCUUAUACUUAACAAGGUUGGACUUGUUUGAUUAAAGUACAGUAAAAUAGUAACAUUGUGAAAUAUUAUUAGAAUUUAAAAAUAACUUUUCUGCUUUAAUAUAUUUUAAAAUAUAAUUUAUUCGUGUGAUGGCAAAUUUUCAGCAGCUAUUACUCCAGUCUUCAGUGUCACAUGAUCCUUCAGAAAUCAUUGUAAUAUGCUGAUUUGGUGCUCAAGAAACAUGUAUUAUUAUUAUUAUUAAUGUUGAGAACAGUUGUGCUGCUGAAUAUUUUUGUGGAAAUGUGACACAUUUUUUUCUUUCAUAAAUAGAGUUCAAAAGAGCAGCAUUUAUUAUUAUUUUCUAACAUUAUAAAUGUCUUGACUGUCACUUUUGACCAAUUUGUCAUUUUUUUUUUUUAUUAAAAGUUUUCAUUUAUUACCCCAAACUUUUGAACAGUAUAUAACAUGCAGUUUCAUUAAACCUUUGACGUGUUUUAAAGUCAACAAAGUCAAAACUGACCUUAAUAAAUGUUCUUGAUCUUAUUUUGCACAAUUCAUCAGUGUUUUUUUAAUAUUAUUUAUAUAACUAUAAAUAAAGACAAAAUUGUCUUUGUAAUCUUUCAUCAAAAUGUAGUGACUUUUGAAAAACUUUCCUUUUCGGCAGACUAAGCCACCAAUGUUAACCAACAUCCAAAUAGCUGUUGAAGUAUUGUAAAAUCUCGCCAAAGGUUAACACUUUAAAGGUGCAGUAAGCAAUUUCUGAGAAACACUGUUGAUAUUUGAAAUCAAUCCAAACAAACACACUCCACCUUUCAUUGCUCCGCCCCCAAAACUCGCAAACACUCAACACUAGAGUGGAUGUCUCUUGACUCUUUAUUAUAGCAAAGCAAAAUAAAAUGAAGAUGACGAAUGAACAACAAGGAAGAACAAAAAAUAAACAUACAGUACGCAAAAGUGUAUACAAGCAACAGUUGGUUGUUAGCCGCCAACAGCACAGCAGUUCCAGACAAACAAUGGGUGUGUCUCAAUCAGCUCCCUAGCUCCCAAGCUCGUGAAUCAGUAUAUCAUGUACACGAAUUCGGGCACUGGUAAGGACAGUAAAGGACGCUGGUUCACUACACAUUGGGACACUUAUGACUCUAUUUCCGGCGACGUGACAAUGUCCUCAUUGUACAACAUCACUACUGGUAUUUAUGAACAACAGCAGAGCUGAUAUUUUCUGACAUUACUUGUAAUGUUAUUUAAAGUACAUUAUGAUAAAUUAUUUGCUUGAUACAUAUACGUGCAACAUUUCAGUCGUAAAUAAUUUAUAAAUGUUAGCUAGAUUAUGAUCAUUACCUGUCUAGCGAUAUAUGUUUGUUAAAAUAUGAAAUAUGUUUCGCGCUUUAGAAUUUCCGUUAAGGGAGCAUAGUGAGCAUUGAUGCUCCCUGGUUUUCACGGUGCAUUGUGGGACUUUUUAGGGAGCGAACGUUUCAGUGCCCUGGAAGGAUUCUGCGAUUGAGACAGCCCUUAAAGUGGCCGACUCCCUGAUCAGUGUCCUGACUACUGAACUAGGGAGCUGAUUGAGACACACCCAAUGACACUCAAAACUGUCCUGUUACUACAGCUAACAUUACAACAACAGCAUAUCUUGGUUCUAUGAGACAUAGCAAAACCAAUGUUACUCACGUGUGGAGCAGAAACAACCGUCCGUUUUCAGGCUUUCCCAAUUAGGUUUCUCCAGCGCUGCAAAGCUUUUCUAAUAUUAACGCGGGUCCUAAAGCUCUUGCCUGAUCAUAACCCUUUAUUUUCCAGUGAUAUUCCUCUGACCUUUUCUCUUUUGUAAUGUCUCUCAGCCAUCUCUCUUUCUACAGUGUUUCUUCAAAUCUCCCUCUUGCUCACUCUCUCCAUUAUGAGUGGACACGCCCCCUACUGCUGAUUGGCUACAAGUGUGUUGUGCUCAGUCCGAUCCACGUUCAACAGCGUUUCUCAGAAAUUGCUUACUGCACCUUUAAUUGGAUUGCCAAAUAACAUUAAUGUACAGUUUUACAAAAAUACCACAUAACAAUAGUUCGGGAAAAGAAAAUUACCUUUGUGAUCAAGAUUUUCCGAACGUUCAUGUCUCCAUUCUGGUACGGAAACACCCGCUUUUCUCUACUCAAUCAAUUCCCAAUGGGAAUUUUCACUGUGAAAUAUGUCACAUUACAGAAGUUAAAUAAGCUGUGAAUGUCAUUUCAUGUUGACUUUAGUAUAAACACCGAAUCUGUUCAUGAAUUUAACACCUGUACAGGCAAAGCAGUACCAUGAAAUGCUAAACCACUGUAAAUGACCUGCACAGACUCACUGAUAAACAUCUCAUGUUAAAAGACAGCUCUUUUCUACACUGUUUCUUGUGACCUGUACUGGAAGCUGUUUUGUGUCACUUGUCUUGUUACACAAUGCUAUCUGCCUACAGUGUGCUGUUUGAUAGAGUGUGAACACUCGAACUCCUGUGCCUGAUGCUUGGAGUACCAAUAAACACAACUGUACAGUA